AUGGAUGGUGCCAUGUUCAGUACCAUGAAUGGUGCCAUGAUCAGUACCAUGGAUGGUGACAUGCUCAGUACCAUGGAUGGUGACAUGUUCAGUACCAUGGAUGCUGCUAUGUUCAGUACCAUGGAUAUCGCCCCCGGGGCGUGGGUAAACCUGUGUGUAGCUGAUAUCCUAGGGGUGGUGAAGGCCGGUGCUGCCGACACACUGGCGAAGGUGAAGGCCGGUGCUGCCGACACACUGGCGAAGGUGAAGGCCGGUGCUGCCGACACACUGGCGAAGGUGAAGGCCGGUGCUGCCGACACACUGGCGAAGGUGAAGGCCGGUGCUGCCGACACACUGGCGAAGGUGAAGGCCGGUGCUGCCGACACACUGGCGAAGGUGAAGGCCGGUGCUGCCGACACACUGACGAAGGUGAAGGCCGGUGCUGCCGACACACUGACGAAGGUGAAGGUCGGUGCUGCCGACACACUGGCGAAGGUGAAGGCCGGUGCUGCCGACACACUGACGAAGGUGAAGGCCGGUGCUGCCGACACACUAGCGAAGGUGAAGGCCGGUGCUGCCGACACACUAGCGAAGGUGAAGGCCGGUGCUGCCGACACACUACCGUAG